AUGGGCGGAAUCAGUCUUGAAGAGAUAAAAAAUGAAACCGUUGAUCUGGAAAAAGUUCCCAUCGAGGAAGUGUUCGAGCAGCUGAAAUGUAACCGGGAGGGGUUAAGUCCCGAGGAAGGAGCCAACAGGCUUCAAAUUUUCGGGCCAAACAAAUUGGAGGAGAAAAAAGAAAGCAAGAUACUCAAGUUUCUUGGAUUUAUGUGGAAUCCACUCUCCUGGGUGAUGGAAGCUGCAGCUAUAAUGGCAAUUGCACUGGCUAAUGGAGGUGGAAAGCCCCCGGAUUGGCAAGACUUUGUUGGUAUUGUUUGCUUGCUUGUUAUCAACUCGACUAUCAGUUUCAUUGAAGAGAACAAUGCCGGAAAUGCUGCUGCAGCACUUAUGGCUGGUCUUGCUCCUAAAACAAAGGUCCUUAGAGGCGGUCGCUGGAGCGAAGAGGAAGCUGCCAUUUUGGUUCCUGGAGACAUUAUAAGCAUAAAACUGGGAGAUAUCGUUCCUGCUGAUGCUCGUCUUCUUGAAGGUGAUCCGUUGAAGAUUGAUCAAUCUGCCCUCACAGGAGAGUCACUUCCUGUAACCAAGAAUCCUCAUGAUGAAGUCUUUUCUGGGUCGACAUGCAAACAAGGUGAAAUCGAAGCUGUUGUUAUUGCCACCGGUGUUCAUACUUUCUUUGGGAAGGCAGCACAUCUUGUAGAUAGCACCAACCAGGUCGGGCACUUCCAAAAAGUGCUCACGGCAAUCGGUAACUUUUGUAUUUGUUCCAUUGCUGUUGGAAUGGUGGUCGAGAUAAUUGUCAUGUACCCGAUUCAGAACAGGAAGUACAGGCAGGGGAUUGAUAAUCUCCUUGUCCUCUUAAUUGGAGGAAUUCCCAUUGCUAUGCCGACCGUCUUGUCUGUCACGAUGGCUAUCGGGUCCCACAGGCUAUCGCAGCAGGGCGCCAUUACCAAGAGAAUGACGGCAAUUGAAGAGAUGGCCGGUAUGGACGUCCUGUGCAGUGACAAGACAGGCACUUUGACACUCAAUAAGUUGACUGUCGAUAAAAGCUUGAUCGAGGUAUUUGCAAAGGGAGUCGAUGCCGAUUAUGUGUUGCUCACUGCUGCUAGGGCUUCUCGAACUGAAAAUCAAGAUGCGAUCGAUGCAGCCAUUGUUGGUACCCUAGCUGAUCCGAAGGAGGCACGGGCUGGUAUCAGGGAGGUCCAUUUUUUCCCCUUCAAUCCUGUGGACAAGAGGACUGCUUUGACAUUCAUUGAUUCCGAAGGAAAUUGGCAUCGGGCUAGCAAGGGAGCUCCUGAACAGAUUUUAACGCUCUGCAACUGCAAGGAAGAUUUGAAGAAAAAGGUUCAUGCAACAAUUGAUAAAUUUGCUGAGCGCGGGCUCCGGUCAUUGGCUGUUGCAAGACAGGAAGUUCCAGAGCAAUCAAAAGAUGCCCCUGGUGGUCCAUGGCAAUUUGUUGGCUUGUUAUCCCUGUUUGAUCCUCCUAGACAUGACAGUGCUGAGACCAUCCGCAGGGCUCUCAAUCUUGGCGUAAAUGUUAAAAUGAUUACUGGUGAUCAACUUGCCAUUGCUAAGGAGACGGGGCGUAGACUUGGAAUGGGAACAAAUAUGUAUCCAUCUGCUUCUUUACUUGGGCAACACAAGGAUGAGUCUAUAGCCGGCCUUCCCAUUGAAGAGUUGAUUGAGAAGGCAGAUGGUUUUGCCGGAGUUUUUCCAGAGCACAAAUAUGAGAUAGUGAAGAAGUUGCAGGAGAGGAAACACAUUGUUGGAAUGACUGGAGAUGGAGUAAACGAUGCCCCUGCUUUAAAGAAGGCUGAUAUUGGAAUUGCCGUUGCUGAUGCUACCGAUGCCGCAAGAAGUGCUUCUGACAUUGUUCUCACUGAACCGGGAUUGAGUGUUAUUAUCAGUGCAGUGUUGACCAGUCGAGCUAUUUUCCAAAGAAUGAAAAAUUAUACAAUAUAUGCUGUCUCGAUCACUAUCCGUAUUGUGUUCGGUUUUAUGUUCAUUGCUUUGAUUUGGAAGUUUGAUUUCUCUCCAUUCAUGGUUCUGAUCAUUGCCAUCCUCAAUGAUGGAACAAUCAUGACAAUCUCAAAGGAUAGAGUUAAGGCAUCUCCAUUGCCCGAUAGCUGGAAGUUGAAAGAGAUUUUUGCCACUGGAAUAGUACUCGGAGGUUACCUAGCGUUGAUGACAGUUAUAUUCUUCUGGAUCAUGAAGGACACUGACUUCUUCUCCGUAAGUACUAGCAAUAUUUCUUCUAUUCUUUCUUUUCCAUCUCUUAAUAAUUCUCCAUUUGAAACAAGCAUUGCAACUGUGCCUUCAUGUAAUAAUUUUCUUUGCUAUCAAAUGCAGGACAAAUUUGGUGUAAGGUCCAUUAGAAAUAGCGAAGACGAAAUGAUGGCUGCUCUAUACCUGCAAGUUAGUAUUGUUAGUCAAGCUCUAAUUUUCGUGACCAGAUCACGCAGUUGGUCAUUUAUCGAACGCCCUGGACUGCUGUUAUUGACUGCUUUCUUGAUUGCACAACUGGUUGCAACUUUAAUAGCUGUAUACGCCGAUUGGGGUUUUGCUAGAAUUAAAGGAUGUGGUUGGGGAUGGGCCGGAGUAAUCUGGCUUUACAGCGUGGUUUUCUACGUUCCUCUCGACAUCAUGAAGUUUGCCAUCCGAUACAUCUUAAGUGGGAAAGCAUGGCUGAACUUGUACGAAAACAAGACUGCGUUCACCACGAAGAAGGAUUAUGGAAAAGAAGAGAGAGAAGCUCAGUGGGCUCUUGCUCAGAGGACCUUACACGGCCUCCAAACAAAGGAGAAUACUAAUCUGUUCCCCGAGAAGAGUAGCUACAGAGAACUGUCUGAAAUCGCAGAACAGGCGAAGAGGCGAGCUGAGAUUGCAAGGCUUCGGGAGCUGAACACGCUCAAGGGUCAUGUCGAGUCAGUCGUGAAGCUGAAAGGACUUGACAUCGAUACAAUCCAGCAGCACUACACUGUUUGAAGAAUCCGAACAAAUCUCAUGUAAAAGUAACAGGCUGCAAAAUCAAACCAUUAUGAAACUGUCAAGAUAUAGAGGCGGCCAUAGUUCCUGAUAUUUAAAUUUGGUUUGUGUAUUUCAAAAUGUCCACAGAAAGCUCGAUAUGAUCUUUAGAUCUUUUUAAGAGUACCAUGACCUCUCCUGUAACCCAUUUUUUCGACUUAAUCUCUUUUUUCAUGGUUUAAUCCUAUGCUUAAUCUUAUAUUUGGCAUAUUAAGUGUUUGUUA